CUCCCUUAGGUUCCCUGCUGCAGAUUAUGAACACCAAGGCAACUACAGCUGUGAGUACGAGGUCACCGUGUCCACGCAGACGUUCAGAUCUCCAGCAGCGCAGAUUAGUGUCAUCAUUAAAUUGCCUUUGAUGCUGCUGGCGUCCUCGGUAUCUGCUGGAAUCGUGCUGCUGCUGCUGCUGCUGCUGCUAGUGGUGUGUCUGGUGUACAGGAGAAGACGACCGGCCAAGAAACCUGAACCCCUCAUCCAAACUCAAAUGACCGUCCGAGUCGGGAACGAUUACAUGUUUUCAGACAACGAGGAUGAUGAUGAAGACUACGUGAAUGUUGAUCUUGUGAACACUAAUGAAAAUAUCAAAGGGGGAGCUGCAGGAGUAGAAGGGAGUGAUGACUAUGAGGAGCCAGUGAGCGAUGAUGAUCAUGAUUAUGAGGAAGCAGGCCCAAAUGAUAAUUGCAAAAAGCCCAAGGAGGCCUGUGUGAGUGUAGAUAGUCACAGAGAAACUGAAGCUGAGGAUGAUGAGGAAACUAGUGAUGAAGACAAGAUUUAUGAGAAUGUAUCCUCACCAUCACCAAGUGUGGAUAAGGUUGAAGAAGAGGAAAGUAGUGAUGCAGACAACAUUUAUGAAAAUGUAUCAGCACCAUAA